GAGAGAGAGAGAGAGAGACGGAGAGAGGGAGCUGAGUUCAGUGCGCUGCAGAGCCGCUUCUCUCGGUGGAUGAGCGCUUUGUCUCUCUCGCUGCUCUGCGCGACGGGACGGCGGAGCGCGAGGAGGAGAAGAAAACGGGGACCGUUUGGACAGGGUCCAUGGAGAAGAGUUUGCAUGUGAUGCAGGAGCCGGAAGGCAGCGACGGGGAGAAAGUUUUGGAGGAGGCCACGCUCAGCUUGGCCAUGGAGGACGGGGAGUUCGAGCAGCGGCUGGGCCUCGUGGAUAAGAUCCCUCUAGUGAAGCCCUGCUUCAAGAAGAAGCACGCGCAGAGGAAAUGCCUUCGGGCGCUGCAGGAGCCGCUCCUGAGCACGCUGCUGGUGGCCGGGGAGGGGGUGUUUGUGGCCCCGUGUGCCGCCGCCGCCGCCGCCACCAUUGAGAAGCAGGCCACCAUGAGCGAGGUACAGACAAAGGACACCGUGGAUUCGGAGGCGCAGACGGGCGACGUAGCGGCGGACAUGACGCCGGAUGUGACGUCGGCGCCCGCUGUCGUAGCCUCGGAGACGCUAGGCGACAUCUUCGCCCCCGCUGAGCCAUUAGGGGGCGCUGCGGCCCAGGAGGGUGAGAUGUUUCGGGACAAGAGCGAGGAGGCCUCAUUGGACCUCGUGUUUGAACUGCUGACCCAGCUGCAGUACCACACGCACCAGGGCGACGGUAUCGACAUCUGCGCUGACUUCCUGCAGGGCGCGUGCCUUUACGGCAGCGACUGCGAGCGGCACCACACCGUGCUGCCUUACCACUGGCAGAUCCGGCGCUCGGAUACGCACGGCUGGCAGAGCAUAUCGGACGAUGCCCAGGAACAGCUGGAAAGACUCUAUUGCAAUCCGGACAAUGAGCAAGUCAAGCUUAAAUUUCUGAGUCGAGUGUUCAUGCUAGACUUCAGUGCCAUGAGGGUUUGUGACCUGGAGUUUGACCUCGUCAGGCGUCUGUCCACGGCGUCCAGCUCCGGAGCCACGUCCUCCAGCACAAACCCCGCCCCUAGCUGCCUCACAGUGUGGAAGUAUUACUGCAGAGACAACUUUGGCUGGAGGGAGUACUCAGAGCCGGUGGUGCGUCUGAUCGAGGAGGCGAGUGGGCGGGGCCUGAAGGAGGUGCGCUUCAUCACGCUACAGAACCAGUACAUCCUGAACAUCCGCGAGGGCUUCCAGCAGAACGCCGUCUUCGGCUUCCGCCGCCAGAUCAAGAAACGGCCUCUCUUCAUGUCCUCCGUCAGGCUCUCGUCGUACUUGCAAACGCUAGGUGGCGUCUACGCUCUGGAGGUUUCCGGACCGCAGCCGCUCUCCCUCACGUCGACCUCCUCACCCCGGCCGUUCCCCGAGACCUGGGUCCCCAUGAGCCCGGACCAGGACUACAUGCAGGUGCCCGUCUCCCGCGACGACCGCAGCUACCGCACCGUCUACAACCUCUUCCACAAAACAGUGUCUGAGACCAAAUUCCGCAUCCUAAAGAUCCUCCGCGUCCAGAACCCCUUUCUCUGGGAGAAAUACAAGAGGAAGAAGGAGUACAUGUCUCGGCGCAUGUCGGAGAUGGACCGGCUUCUGAACGAGCGCCACCUGUUCCACGGCACCUCGCAGGACGUGGUGGAGGGCAUCUGCAAACACAACUUUGACCCACGCGUGUGCGGCAAGCACGCCACCAUGUUCGGCCAGGGCAGCUACUUCGCCCGCAAGGCCGUCUACUCGCACAACUUCUCUAAGCGCUCGGCCCGCGGCGUCCACUACAUGUUCUUGGCCAAAGUGCUGACGGGCCGGUUUACGGUGGGCAACCCGUCCAUGCGCCGACCGCCACCCCUCUGCCCUCGCGACCCCUCCAGCGACCUCUUUGACUCGUGUGUGGAUAACUGGAUGGACCCACAGAUUUUUGUCAUUUUUAACGAUGACCAGAGCUACCCGUACUUUAUUAUCCAGUACGAGGAGGUGGCCAGCACCGUGGCCAUCUGAGGACAUCGGAAAGGACUGGAAAGGAGUCUGGACGCAUCUGGUCUUGGGGCCUGUGGUGAGGGUGGCUGUUCGUACACUCUGUGUAGAAGUCUUGGAUGGUACGGCACAAGCUCUGAGGGUUUGCGUGGGAGGGACCACCAAGCUUCCAUCCUCCGGCGCUUUCGGCGCGUGUGUUUGUGUCCCCGAACAAUGUGAAGGCGGUCAUGCCCGUCUUCGGUUCCAAACGGACUGGUGCAUAAUCUCCAGCAUUCACAGAGAGCGCGUGGCUCUGUGGCUCCGCCUCUGGAUUCUGGACUAUGAGACACUGGUGGUCCGUCACUUGGACUUAACGCUGUCGUUGAAGCUUUGACAUCCUUUUCCUUUUUUUUGUGAUUUUUUUAGGACUCAUGCCCCUCCCCCUUCAGCUGCCAUCUACUUUCCAUACUUAAUUUGUGAGAAGUUGUACAUAUGUUCUCCUUGUUUAUAUUUGAACUGUGUGCCUUUUGUUCAUAAAGAAUUAUUUAUGUUAGUUAAUGUAACAAAUAAAAAAACUCAAACUUCAAAA